ACUACCUCAACGAGUGUCCCCAUGUCAUAGCUACUUCCAUGACCAAUCCCUUUGAAAAACUCAACCUUUAGAGUUUUGACCUUCAUUCACUGGUUGGUCACUUCUCUCACUUGUUUCUUUUUUAAAACACCACUUGUCUCCCUUGUGCUUGCAUCUCCAUGGUGUUGACCCAACCAAUUUUAGGUCGUUGGUUGAGGACGUCUUCUCGGGCAGGGGCAGUUGUAGCACGACGGCGACGGCCGGGCAGCCUUCCCUGAUUCCUCAUCGGUGAGAACAGCAUCAGUUCGAGCUGCUUGGCUUUGCUCCUCUUCCCAUUUUGUCUCCCUUCCCAUUUUUGUCUCCGCUCCAGUACCACGCCAUGCAACCGCCCCCGGAGCCCACCGGCGACGCGCUCGCGGAGUGCUUCCGCCUGUUGGAUGAGCUCCCAGCCGCGGCAGCUUUGUCUCCGGCGUUCCGCCGCCACUGGCCGUCCAUCUCCGCCUCCGUCUCGUCGCUCUCUUCCUCCCUCUCGCAGCCCGCCUUCCCGUCCUCCGCGCCGCUCCUCGCGCCCCUCGCGUCCGCGCUCUCGGCUCUCAUGUCCGUCUGCAGUGGCCCUCCCCUCGGCCACCUCCACACCGUCUCGCUCCUCUCCUCCUCCGCCGCCUCGCUCUCCCAGCUCGCAGCCGACGCGCGCCUGCUCGUCUCCCCGGCCGAAGGCGAUGGGUCUGAGUCCGACGGCCUGCUCUCUCGCCUCCGGCUUGGCUCGUCCGUUUCCCGAGCCGCGGCGCUCGACUCGCUCGCCGAAUCUGUCCGGUCGUCCCAGCCGGGGUCGUGCUCUGCCACUGCUGUGUCUGCGGUCGCCGCGAUGCUCGACUCCGGCGAUCUCCUUCCGGCCACCCGCGACAAGGCCGUGUCCGUGCUGGCCGCGUUCGCGUCCUCCGAGGCCACUUGCAGGUUCUUGGCCAAGGAGUCGGGCACCGUCGUGCCCCACCUCUGCCGCGCGCUGGAGUCCGGCGGCGCCAGCACCGAGCAGGCGUGCGUCGCGCUGGAGCCGCUGACCGCCUCGUCGCGGGACGCGGCGGCGACUGUGUCGGCUCGUGGAGGCGUGGGCGCGCUCCUCGUGGCCUGCGCCUCCGGCACCCCGGCGUCGCAGGCCGCUGCCGCGGGCGUGCUCCGGAACAUCGCCGCGUUCCCGGACCUGCUGCCCGCGUUCCGCGACGAGGGCGCGAUCCCCUUGCUCGUGCAGCUCGUCUCGCUCGGCACCCCGCGGGCGCAGGAGCACGCGCUCGGCUGCCUCCGGAACCUAACGGCCAGCGACGGCGACGAGGGCCAGAGCCUCAAGGUCGAGGCGUUCCACGCAGGCGCCCUCGGCUGCGUCAAGGACUUCCUGGAUUCGUGCCGCGGCGACGAGCCGGGCCUCGCGCCGGCGUUCGGGCUGCUCCGCAACAUGGCCUCCUUCCGCGUCAUCGCCGAGAUAGCCGUGUCCGCCACCUUCCUCAGCCAUGUGGUGGCCGCGCUGGGCAGCGACAGCACCAACACCCGCACGGAGGCCGCCAUGGCGCUGGCUGAGCUCUGCAACGUCGGCAGCGGCAAGUCGAGGGAGGAGGUCGGGGAGGCGAUGCCGAGGCUGGUGUGGAUGCUGGAGGCGAAGGCCGUGGCCGAGAGGGACGCGGCCGCGAGGGCGCUGGCCACGCUGGUCGCCGCGAGCGGCAGCUACCGGGCGCUGUUCCGGAAGGAGGAGAUGGGCAUCGUGAAGGUGGUCCGGCUGCUGGACCCGGCCGUCCGGGGCGGCGACAAGCGGUUCCCCGUGGCGGUGCUGCUGGGCGUGUCGCAGUCCCGGCGGUGCCGGAAGCAGAUGGUGGCCGCCGGCGCGUGCGGGUUCGUGCAGGCGCUGCUGGCCGCCGAGGUGGACGGCGCCAAGAAGCUCUCCGAGUGCCUCGGCAGGGGCAGGAUGCUCGGCGUGUUCCCCCGGACAUGACAUGACGGCGAUCCAUCCGACCUGCGACUUGGAUCAUCCAUCUUGCCUUGUACAGCAUGUGCCACGGAUUCAGCUCAGUCCAGGCAUGCUUUUUCUCUGUAGGAAUCUCUGUAUAUUGCUGUUUUUCAUACGAGUGGUAGCGUAGAUUUAGAUGACGAUGAUGAGUGUUUUCCUUUAGUCAGUGUGCGUGAACCCAAUAAGAAGACGGGAAAGAUUGUAAUUAAUCUCUGAUGUGAAGAAAUCAAUCUGCAUCCACAGUCGAACCAA